AUGCAAGUGGUGUCUCAAUCCUUGGAAAUAAUAGGCUAUGUGGUGGAAUUCCAGAAUUCCUUCUUCCUGCAUGCUCUAGCAAAAGCGCCAUUCACCACGAGGAUUACUUGCCCCGAAAGUGUUUUAUACUCUCAACUCUUUCAAGCAACUGAUGGGUUCUCUGUGGACAAUCUGAUUGGCUCGGGAAGUUUCGGUUCUGUUUACAAAGGAGUACUCCCUAAUGAUGGAAUGGUAGUCGCUGUUAAGGUAUUAAACCUUCAACAAGAAGGAGCUUCCAAGAGUUUCAUUGGUGAAUGCAAAGUGUUAAGAAGUAUAAGGCAUCGUAAUCUUCUCAAGAUUGUAACCGUCUGCUCCAGUAUUGAUAAUCAGGGCAAUGACUUCAAAAGUCUAGUUUUGGAGUUCAUGGAAAAUGGAAGUCUAGACCAGUGGCUUCAUCCAAGAGAUGACGAAACAAUCUCAGCCUAA